GAAUCAAAUAUAUUCAAUGUUUAUUUUAAUUUUUUUAUUUUUUUAAUGUGUUUUUAUCAACAUACAAAUGUUAAAAAGAUGCACAUCUAGCCAUUGCGAUUCAAAACUACUAAAAUGAUAAAAUAUAAUAAAGUUAUGGCAAAAAAGGGUUCAGGAGACUCAGGACAAGCUUUUUAAUUUCUUAAAAAUUGCAGCAGAUAAGUAAGCAUCUCGUCAACAUGCAUUGUGGCAUGUGUUCAAAAUUGUAUUCACGAAAGUGCCAACAGUUCAGCAGUGCACAUGACAAUCUCUGCCUUCAUCAACCAAGAAUAAGCCAAGCCAGAGGUAAAAACACACACCCGUUUCUCUGCGAUAAAAUAAUAUCUGAUGUGUGUUUGGCGGUGAUUUCGUUUUUUGAGUCUCAAGCAGCGCACACGCCGAGCUGAUAAAGGUAUUGAUUGUGGUCGUGGCUGUGAAGUGAAGCCCCAAAGGAAGGCAGAAUGGAGGAAAAGACAAGCCCGCGACAAUGAUUCACCACACCACCAGAGCUCUCAGCGUGUGUCGUGAAUCAGUCACUUAGUCGCUUGCUUGCUUUCCGAUUGGUUUAACCAUGGCCGCUGAUCUGGCACCGAGGAUAGAUUUUUCAAAACUCAAGUGUUUUCCCGAGGUGGACGGUGAGAAAAACAAAAUUGUGACCAAAGCAUUUCUCGAAUCGGCCCAAAAUGUUAUUGAUAGUAUAGAAUCAUUCGGAAUACUGUUCUCACCUAUAGUGAAGGAUAUGCGCGGUAAUGUAAAGCGCCUGGAGGCCAAAUAUAACGAAAAUGAUAAAGCCUUUCAUUAUCUGGAGGAUCUAAUUUUAUGCGAUAGCAAAGGGAAUGAAAGCUCGGACGCAUUCGACACGGUGACCGAGGGCUUACUGUGGCUCAAGCGGGCGCUGGAAAUGAUCGAGAGGUUCUUUCGGAACAUGUUGGACGAUACCACCUGCAGUGAUAACGUGAAACACCUGCUUAAGAAGGCCUACGAAGACGCGUUACUGCCGUAUCAUGGGUUUUUCGCACAGAAAGGGUUUCAGGUUUUACACCAUUAUGUUCCAACGAGAACCGCCCUUUUGGGAUCAUCACAAACCAACAACAACAACAUCGUUGCUCUGAAAACGUUUCUGGUUACAUUUCGUGCCAACAUUGACCAUAUCAACGCAUUUUUCGAAGCAAACAACCUGAAUAAAACGUACAAAGUUUAGCAACGGUUUUAUUAGACUUUACUCUAGUCACUAAUAAUGGAAAUGUUACUAUUUUGACGACCUUCGAGGAUGUUUGAUUUUUGGCUCUGGAACUGUUCCCUUCGAAAGUGUGACGCUCGCCGGAUAACCGAAAAGCUAGAACCAACUUGCAGCACAAGCAAUGCACAUUGGAAGCCCUGCACUACAAUACUAGUUGUAUAUUUUAAAACAGGUUCACUGGUCAUCAAGUAAAUUUGCAACGGAGUUUGUAUGAAGACAGAAAGUAUCCAGAAGCCAGCAAAAUCGGGUAUCUGUUAAAAGAAAAAUUGCCAAAAAUGAUAGAAAAGGUUUCGUAAUGUCCGCUUGCCUUGUCCAAAAGAUUUCCAGAAUAACCUAAAUACAAUCGAAGACAUUCAAUUGGGGCUGCAAUCGUCAAGGACAAUACCGAUAACACACGAUGUAUUGUUGUAAGGUUGAAAUACUAGAAUAACAAACAUAAUUGAACAAAAUGUUUUUUCAACAAUAAACUUUAUGUACUUCAUAGUAUAGUGUAAUAGAAUUAGAUGCCAACCAAAUCCAACUGAAAUAAACGUUUAUGAACAAGA